AUGAUGGCGGUCGAUUGGGAAAAGUGUUCCAGCACGGAAUUCAACAUGUUCACGAUGAAGUGCAAAGCGAAGCUAUCGCAGCGGCUCGCUAACUUGACAAUGGCAUUUUACUCGACGGCCGUAAUCUUUUAUAGCAGCGACGUUCUCGUAAACCGCUUGGAUGUCAGCAGAACUUCCAAUACCACUGCACGGCCGCUCAUUCUAAAGAUGGAGAUACCGUUUGAUAGUAACAAAAGAUUUGUAUAUGAGUCGCUUAUAAUUAUGCAAUUCCUUCAGUUGUGGUCGUGCUCCUGUACGAUUGGAACGAUCAAUAUUCUACUUAUAAUUUUGAUACUGCACGUGAGCGGUCAAAUUGAAAUUCUUUGCGAAUGGUUGGUGGAGGUUUAUCCGAUGGAAAGGAGUCGUGACCCGAAUCUCAUUGUGAUAAGGAAAGUAAUUAAGACGCAUCAGAAAAUUAUCACUUUUUCACAGUACAUCGAGGAUCUGUACUCAGGUAUUGCGAUGGCGUUGUUCGUAUCGGACACUCUAAUUAUUUGCUGCUUGGGAUUUAUAAUCGUUGUGUCAGUCGGAACGCUCAGUGCUACAAAAAUUAUAAUAAGCACUUUCUUAUUUUAUAUCGCGAUGAACCUGGAGGCAUUUAUAUUUUGCUUCGCUGGAGAAUAUCUCAGCGCUAAGAGCAAAACCGUUGGAAAUGCCGCAUAUGAUUCCUUCUGGUACGAAUCGAAUUUCAAAGACAGUCGGGUGAUGUUGCUUCUGAUAAUGAGAUCGCAGAAUCAAUUAACCAUCACAAUCGGGAAGGUCAUGAACUUGUCUUUGGAACGAUUUAGCAGUAUUGUAAAGGCCUCAGCUUCCUACAUAUCGGUUCUACUCGCGAUAUACUGA